AUGCCAGCCAAGACCAUGCUGAAGAAGAAGGUCAAGAAGACCAAGACUAGAACUUAUAAAUUCGUGAUUGACUGCCAAGUCACCGUUGAGGAUAACAUUAUCUCCUUGGACUCCUUCGUUAAGUACUUGAGUGAGAACAUCAAGAAUGAGGGCAAGAAGAACAACUUUGGAGACAGGAUCUCUGUGACUAAGGAGGGAUACAAUGCCGUUGUUACUGUUAAGGGUGAGUUCCCAAAGAGAUACCUCAAGUACCUCUCUAAGAAAUACCUUAAGAAGCAAGGUAUUAGAGACUACAUUAGAGUACUGGCCUCUGGCAAGCUUGGCUACCAAUUGAGAUACUUCAAAGUCAAUGCUGGUGAUGAAGAAGAAGAUGAAUAAUUGUUGUGUCGCUAAAAAUUCUCUUA